UCAGCCUCGCCAAGGAAAGGGGGAUUCAAAAACAGGUACAACGUUUGUAUAUAUACACACACAUACACUCGAUCAUUUCUCCCUUUGCGUUUCUGGGGUGUUGCUUUUAUUCUCUGAUGAUAGUUGAUGGUUCUUUACCUCUACCUCUGAAGAGAAGGAGACUCACUGCCAUUGAUAUCAUGGAAGCUGAAGCAGCUUUGGCCAAGCUCGCAGCUGUUAAAGAUAAGUUUGGUCGAGAUCUGCGUGUUUUUGAAACAAAUGGGCUCUCUCCUUCAACAAAUCAAGUGUCUGAUGCUGAGGAGUCAGAUGACUUCUAUGAGUUCACUGCUGAGGACUACUAUAGGAUCAUGGCAACCAAAAGGGAAGAUAAAUCCUUAAAGACGAGAAAAAUUCGGGAAGCUGAAGAAGCAGCUCGCAAGUCUAAAUUAACAAAGGCUGUAAUUAGGGUACGUUUUCCUGAUAAUCAUACAUUGGAGGUAGCCUUUCAUCCGUCAGAAAAGAUUCAGUGCUUAUUUGAUCUGCUCAUAAAAGUGAUUGCUCGACCAGAAGUGCCAUUUUAUAUAUAUACCACUCCUCCAAAGAAGCAAAUAAAAGACUUGUCCCAGGACUUUUACUCAGCUGGAUUUGUUCCCGGCGCAAUUGUUUAUUUUUCAUAUAAUCUAUCACGAGGUGAUGAUGCUGCAGCUCUCGAUUCUGGUCCCUUCCUCCAAGAAGAAAUAAUGUCUUUGAAGGGUUUGAAUGUGAUUUCUGAACCAGCAGCGGAGCCAGUUCAAUCUGCACCAGAACCUAUAACAGCAGCCCCUGCACCUGUUCCUCAAGAGUCCAAGCCUGCUGAGAAAAAAUUGAUGAAACCAAAGUGGCUGAAAAUGUGAUGCGACCAAUCCGGCAAUAUUCAAUACGGGAUCUCAAGGCUUUUACAUCUCCAUAGAGGGACAUUUCCGAUGGGCAUAGAACAAAAGAAGUCAGUAUUUGGUGCAAAGUUUUAAAAGGCCCGAGGAAGUGAUAUGUUCUUAGAACACUCUUUUGUAAAGUUUGUUUUAUGCCAACAAUCAUGUGAAUAUUCAAGUCAUGUUUCUUGCCUCAGAUCCUGCCAUGUGAUUACUUGCUUGAUAAUGUUGCAUUUCCUGUGGUGUUCGAUCUACCGGGUUCAUGUUAAGGCAUGGAUAUAAUUUAUUUGCUCAGUAGUUUUGGAUGCUCA